CCGUGCUCGUUUGACACAGUCGCGGGAGAGGUUGUGCUGGCUCAGCGUGUCUACCGGCUUUUGCACUUCUCUGACGGCACCGCCUACGCCGAGGAGAGUAGCGACAGCGAGGCCAUCGAACCGUCCGACAAGCAGGAGCAGGAAGUUGAAUCUGCCGGUGGACUGGAUAUUGCGUCAACUAGUCAAGCUUCGUCGGAGCAUGGGGCAGCAGAUGACCAGCCCUUAUGCCAACCGGUAAGAGAGAUUGACUGCAACCUGAAGGGCCCUCGAGGUAAACGGCUGAGUGAAAAGCGGCAGGUGGCGUCGGCGGACGAUGAGGACUUGAGGUCGGCCGAGUCGCCUCGAGAUCAACUUGCCUGCCGACACGAGAGCCUGACUCACGAGGAGGCUGAGGUAGGCCCCAGAUCACAGUGUGUAAAAGGUCAGGUAAUAUCAAUGAAGUGA